GUGCAUUUGACCAACUGUUACAACUUUCCCAGCUAAGCCAAGACCCCAAAAUAUGCAGUAACUAGAUACAUAAUUUUUCCAUUUACUCUUCAUUUCAAAUCUCUAUCUCUUUGACCUUCAACACCAACCAACAACUCCAUUCUCUUUCUUUGAUCAUUCAAAUCCCAGGUUUAUUCUGAGAUCUAUUAUAAGCUAGCUAAGCUUAAAGGGUGAAAUUAAAAAAACCCUAGCUAAGCUAAUUAUAUUGAUCAUAUAUAUAAUUAAUUAUUGGAAAAUAAUUAUAUAAAGAAAAAAAAAAGAAUAAAAAUGGGAAGGGGAAAGAUCUCCAUUGAAAGGAUUGACAACGUGACAAGCAGACAAGUAACUUUCACAAAGAGGAGGAAAGGGUUAUUCAAGAAGGCGAAGGAGCUUUCCAUCCUUUGUGAUGCUGAAGUUGGAAUUAUCAUUUUCUCUAGUAGUGGCAAAGUCUAUGAAUUUGCAAGUCAUUGCAUGCAGUCAUUGUUGCAGCGGUACUACAAAGCAAAUGAGGAGAAUCAAGUUCUCAACCCCACUUCUGAGGCCCAGUUAUGGAAGGUUGAAGCGGAGAGCUUAAGGCAACAACUAGAGGAUCUAAGAAUGAACAGCAGGCAGUUGUUAGGGGAAGAUCUUUCAGAAUUAACCAUUGAGCAUUUGGAAACCCUAGAGAAUCAGUUGGAGAUGGGCACAAAGGCUAUUCGUACAAGGAAGAAGGAGAUUUUCAAAGCCAAAAUACAAGAUCUUAACAAAACGGAGAUUCUCGUGCACCAAGAAAACAUGGAAUUGCACAAGAAGAUAAAUCUCAUGCGUCAAGAAAUGUCAGAACUGCAGAAGAAGGUUUCUGCAGGAUCAGGAAAGGAUGAUCAAGAAGGUGCAGAAGGUGGAGCCUCUAGCAGCAAAUCAGCAUAUGACUCAUAUGAUCCAAUUGAGCUUAAGCUAAGCUAACUAAAGACACCAUAUUAUUGGUGGAAGUUAAGUUUACCAAGAUUAAGGAGCAUAAUCUCUUCUUAAGUAGCUUAAUUAUCUUUUUUUUUUCAUAGACAUGUGAUUGAGGAUUUUAUAUGGCUGAGUUGUAUCCACUUUUACGCCUGAAUUAAGCCCGAAGGGCUUUUUGGGUGAGGCAGUGAUGGGAUGUGAAGUUGCAUGCCUGAGCCUAAUGCGCUUGUAUUUUUCUUUCUUUUACCCUGAAAGCAGAAAAUUAUUUUUGUGGUUUUCA